AUGGAUUUCAUGUUACGACCAGUGGAUGAGAAGGCUACUUCCGUGAUUACAUUAGAACCGACGCCAGGCUUUGUUGUCAAGUCAAGACUUAUCACUACAGAAGGCAGGCCGAAUCACCUAUUAAAGCUUCAAAAUGGCUCUAAAGUGUUCAUCAAUAUUUGUCACCAUGAGAAAGUACCCAAACCUGAGAUUGAUUUUGAUGCCAUUGUGGUCUAUCCUUUAGUCAUGAACAAUCAAUGGGAAAUACCGAUUAUUACUUCUCCAGUUCGAGAGGAUAAGGAUAAAAAAGGUGCCUUAUGCUACGUGUGGGACUGCUGUAUUAAUUCUGUAUGCAUGAGCUGGAUUAACGAAGACUUGCAAUUGAGAGAGAUAUUGGUAGAGUGGUGUUUAGAAGCAUGCGAGAUCUCAGAUGUCGUGGGAAUCUGCAGAGAUCACAUCGCAUUCCCUAAGAUGAAGAAAAAAGGUGACUUCAUACCACACUUGGAAGUUCGUGCCAAUGAAUUAACUUCAGACUAUCGUAAAGAAAUAGCCAAGAUGGCCGAAAAAGAUGACAGCAGCCCGUCUAGAAUUCUAGAGCUGAGACGAAACUUGCUCGAAGAACCUGAGGGCCUUUCCGGGAUAACCGAUGAGGAGCUUCCUCCCUUAAUGCCGGCGGGAAGAUCCAGCAAGCCAUUAAUUGAAGAAAUCGAUAAUUUGAGCAUCGACAGUUUGAAAAAUGAUAAACCUGCCAUACCGAAAGAACUGCCGGAGCCGCAGUUUGAGGUACGAAUGAGGAAAACUAAGAAAGCGGAUAAAUACAGGCUGAGGAUCGAAAUCGAGUCUCAGGUUCAUUCUGCUUCCGAUUUAAGACUCCGAUACAACUCUCAACAAAAUGCUUUGGAGGUUAGCAACGUUAACUUGACUGUCUAUAAGGAAAAAAAGUUGCAAAUUCCUCUUCCACAUAUUUUUACUGAAGCAGAUGCUGCCCACUUGGAGGCCCUCUUUACCAAAGCGGACAGAAAAUUAACUGUGUUUAUUUAA